CAAACCGUAGUCGUCUCGUCAGUUAGUACAACCACCCGACCGCUCAGCGACGACAAUCGCGCGCGUACCGUCGUCGUACACACACGCACGCACUCAAUCGCUCGGUCGAUUUACGCACCGAUCGCCGUAUCCGAUAUCCGUUGUCGGCCUGCGACGACGAUAUACGCGAGUGUGUUGCAGCUGAUGAAGAUUUAUUACACGCGAGUAAAAUAAUAAUAAAUAAUAACAGCCGGCGGAUAAAACGGACUCGUUAUAAUAAUAAUAACACUAUAAAAAACAAAAAAUCCACGUUGACGCGGAGUAGUGCGUACUGUUAAUAAUAUAUUAAAAAUUAAUAAACAUCGUGCCGGCAACACGUGCAGCGAGAGUUUAGGUAGGCGACUCUACGACUGCAAUAACACACACGACUUCGGGUGUUGGAGUAACGGAUUUUUCGUUAGUUUCCGAUCACACACACACACUCGGUACCGCGAAACGUUUCGGUUUCCGUCACACACUUCCGUCGGUUCCGGCGCGGAUAUCCGCGACUGUUGCACCGACCGCGGCAUGUCCGAGUCUCCGCGCAUCGACGUGACCGGCAACGACGACGACGACGAGCUGUGCUGCAACAACGACCGGGGAUCGGCCACCGGCGCCGCCAGUAACGGCCCGAUAACGGCCGCCUGCAAGACGAUGAUGAUGGCCACUGCUGCGGCUGCAGCUGCGAUGACGGCUGGUAACGGAGGUGGUGGCGGUGGCGGCGGCGGCGGCGGCGGUCGCGAAUCGCCGGCCGUCAAGUCGGCCGCACCGCCGUACACGUCGUUUUCCAUUUCGAGCAUACUCAGCAAAGACAAACCCGGCGGCACCGGAAAACAACACUGCAGAUCCGCGGGCGCCGCCGUGUCACCGGCCACUGCGGCGGCCGCGGCGGCUGCAGCGGCCACGUUUGACGUCACCGCUCAUCUGGCGGCCGCAGCCGACCACGCAAUGUUAUCCAGACUGGGCUUGAUGAGCCAUUUCGGAGCACUGGCUGCAGCAGCUUCGGGCCGGAGUCCGUUCAUGCUGUAUCCGGGCGUAGGCAUCGCGGGCACUACAGCCAGCGCAUUGGACAAACACUGGUACUCCGCGUGGUCGCAGCCUUUGUCGGCCGCCAUCAGUCCUACCGGCGGUUCGAGCUCGGCGAACGAAGAAAACAGCCGUCCCAGCACUCCGCACAGCGUGGGCGUCAACACUGGCGGCACGUCGUCGCUGGCCGGCCACAGCCCGGACGGAUGGUCGACCGGCGAGGACGGCGGUGGCCGCGGCCCCGGGUCGCCGAACAACCAGCGGCGGUUCGUGGGCAACUGCGGCGGAACCGGCGGCGGCCGUUACAUGGACCAGUCGGUGAACGUGGCCGUUUCCAUGGACGACGACGACGACAUGGCAGACGACGGUGCCGACGACGAGGACGCCAGUAAAAAGGACCACGGCGGUUGCGGCGGUGGCGGCGGUGGCGGAAGCGGCGGUGCGGGCGGCAAGCGGAAGAAGAAGACCCGGACGGUGUUCUCCCGGAGCCAAGUGUUCCAGCUCGAGUCGACGUUCGACAUCAAGCGGUACCUGUCCAGCUCGGAGAGGGCCGGGCUGGCCGCGUCCCUGCACCUGACCGAGACCCAAGUGAAGAUCUGGUUCCAGAACAGGCGGAACAAGUGGAAGCGUCAGGUGGCGGCCGAGAUCGAGGCGGCCAACAUGGCGCACGCCGCUCAGCGCCUGGUCCGCGUGCCCAUCCUGUACCACGAGUCCAACCAGCAGUCGGCCGGCCACCAUCACCAUCACCACCAUCACGGCGGCAUAGCCACCUCGGUGGCCGCGGUCGGCGGUGGCGGCGGCGUAGUGGGCAGCGGUAGUGGCGGCGGUGGCGGCAGCGGUGCCCCGACGCCGCCGCACUCGUCCGCGUCCACGCAGGCGUCCGCGUACCAGCCACAGCAGCCGCCGCCCCCGCCGCCGUCGCUGUUCUAUCACCAUCAGCCGCCGCCGCAGCACCACCACGCCGUCAGCACGUCCACCAUCACGCACACCAUGUCCACGAGCCCCAACGCGGUGUCCAGAGCGCCACUCACCGGACUCGUCUAAUGACAUUAUCAUAGAUAUAAUAAUGCAUUAUGAUUUCAUCACAGUACGACCCGCCGCCGCUUUCCACAUAUAAUAUUAUAACUAUUAUCGCUAUGUCGCGCAUGUCCGAAAUCGCUCGAAACGCCAAUUGGCCGCGGUACACUCCUCGGGCGAGACGUGGAAUUAUAGACGGAGGAAAUAAAUGGUUUUUGAAAAAAAAUAAUAAAGUUUGAAAAUAUUAUAUUAUUAAUAUUAUAAUUCUUCGUUUCAGACUUUUUCUCGCGUACAUUUCGUAUCAUUUUUACACGUACACUUUGCGUUCAGAUCAAAAUUAUUAAAACGUUCGUUCAUAUUCCGUUCGUAAUAUUAUAAUUGUGUUGUACAUUUGCAUAAAUAAUGAGUCGACUGUACUCGUCGUAGGACCGCCUCGAUAUUAUGAUGUUUCAUGAUGUGAUUCGUCGCGACGAAAUUGUUAAUCGUUAUAUCGUAUAUUAUUAUUAUUAUUAUUAUCGUCACGAUAUUUAGUUGUUUAAGAAGUAUUUUUUUUUCUCUCAUUCGACUAUUGUAAAUAACGGGUGUGUACAAUUAUUAUUAUUAUUAUUAUUAUUAUUAUCGUUUACGGUCUUGUCAUUAUUAUAUAUUGUAUCAAUAAUUUAUGUACCUAAUAUGUUUUUUUAUAAAAACCGCCGAAAUCCGAAACGGCAAACCCGCAGCAGUUAUUCGUGUGGACGUUAUCGUCGUCGUCGUGUACAUAAAUAAAAUUAUAACGUUUUUUUAGAAUAGUGACACUCAUCUUAUUUAUUUUAUAUAGACUAAGAUACAGCGUGUAGAUACUAUUAUUAUUACUAUUAUUAUUAUCAUAAUUAAAUAAGACGAAAAUA